AUGACUGAAGACCCUGACGGUGAACUAUGUUUUGGAUGUGGUGACCUGAUCGUAGACAGAUAUUUACUCCGUGUAAAUGACCAGUCUUACCAUGUGAGUUGUCUUAGAUGUUGCGCAUGUCAGAUAGGAUUAGAGAGACAGUCAUCGUGUUACAUCAAAGGAAACAAUGUCUACUGUAAAAUGGACUAUACCAGAGAAUUUGGUGCCAAGUGUUCAAAAUGCUUGCGUUCAAUUCAACCAAACGAUUGGGUGAGGAAAGCACGUGACAAUGUUUAUCAUCUUGCCUGUUUUGCAUGUGAUAGUUGUAAACGACAGUUGUCCACCGGUGAAGAAUUUGCUUUACAAGAAGAUCAAGUGCUAUGUAAAACACAUUAUGUGGAGUCUUUGGAAGGAGGCCCAAGUAAAGAAGACGGCAACAUGAAGUCAAAAACAAAACGAGUGAGAACAACUUUUACAGAGGAACAAGUUCAAGUGUUGCAGGCGAACUUUCAGCUCGAUAGUAACCCAGAUGGACAGGAUUUGGAACGAAUUGCGCAGAUCACUGGAUUGAGCAAGCGCGUGACACAGGUUUGGUUCCAAAAUUCAAGAGCACGACAGAAAAAACAGCAACAACAGUCAAGAAGUGACUGUGGAAAUUCAAGUCCUUCACCGGCUUCGUCACCAUCAAAAAUAUCAAGUCCGACACACUGGAUGAACAGUACAGAUAGCAUACAUAGUGACAGUAUGUCGUAUUCAGACUAACAGAUGAGAGAUGUUGGCUUUUUCAAGUCUUUAUUAUAUACACCCUCAUGUAUCAUAUCCCAAUAUUUGAUCAUGACUAAGGAAACAAAAUUACUGUACCACAGACGCGGAAUCAAAUUUGUGAGAGUGUUCUUCCAUUUAGAAAAUGACAAAAUACUUUUCUGUAUCACGUGAUAAAAGAACCAAACAAAAGGGGCGUUCUAACAGUUACAUGUACAAACUUGAGAAAUGACAUACGCUGUCUCUGUACGUUGAGAAUUCUAGUCAGUGAAUAUCUAGUGACUCUAUGUUUGUGAUAUCCGAAUGUUUAUAUAUUGUUGUGGAAUAGUUUUUAUACAAAGCUACGCUGUACAUCUUGCCAAACAUCCUCUUGUGUUUGUUGUAUUAUUGUGAAAUACUACCAUCGCUGUAAUCUAUUCUCAUUGUAUUACAUUUAAACCUGUUUGUAUUCAAUUGUACCAUUUGAAAGUAAAUCAAACAAAUCGAACAAAAUAGAUGAAUAAUAUUGGUCUACAGCCUUUUUUUUCGUUUCAGUUUAUAGGUCUCAUUGGCAAUCAUACCAUUUCCUUAUUUUUUUUUUACUCAAAUCGACGUGUGAUACCAGGAGCCAGUACUUCGGCACUGUCAGUGACAUACGGAUUUUGUGUUAUUAAAAUUUGCUGUUACAAAAUAUUAGAAAUUAUUUUAGAUCAAGGAAUGUAUCUCCCUUUUGCAAAGCUGUGAUUUCUUGCCCGUCUUUGGCUAUAUUUUUUAGUCAUUUAUGUUUUACAAGUUCUUCAUUUUUUCAAUGAGCUUUGAAUUUUCAAACAGUUUUGCCACAAGCACCACUGAAGAGAGACAUUUAUUGUCGAAAUGAGCAUCUAGUGCAGAAAAAUGGUACCAUUAAUGUUUGUUUGUUGAUUGUUCAUCGAAAAUUAAAAAAAAAUAAUUUCAUUACAAAUUUUCUUAACAUUUGUUGACAUUGAAACUAUUAUGUGGUUCAAAUUGAUAUAUGUGGGUAUAAUAACAUUAACGGUACCAAUUUUGCGUAUAACAUGCACAGAGUAAUGAAAAUGUUUUAUUUUGUUAGGGACAGUACACAAAACUACCAAAAACUAAUGCAAGUGGUAAACAUAUUUUUUGCUCAUCACAAUUAAUAGAAAGUAAGGAACGCCAGUUUGUGGCUGUACAGGUUAGGUGGCGUUUUUUUUCUUCUAAUGCAUUUAAUACAAGAACUAAUUUACUUUUGGUGCAUUUAUUAGACCAGUUUAUUUUUGGUAUUAUCGAGGUAGAUCUUAGUAAAGGGACAUAACCCUUACAAAUAACUGGAAUGUUUGUCUCAACCAUUUGCAUAAAAUAUACCCUAAUUCUGUAUCACAUGAAUGCUUAAAAAGCAUAGAUAUCACACGAAUGAUAAAACGGACUAUAACAAAAGAAUUAGACUGAUUUAAAGAGUUUUAUCCGAUAACCAAGAUAUAACCGUUUAAUAUUUAUUAAAAGAUGAAGGUUUACUCCUUUUUAAUAUGUACAUGAUUAUUGUAAAUGUAUGAUAAGUUUGCAUCAAUUACAACAGAUAUAACAUGUUCCUCUUUUCUUAACUUUCAAUUUAUUCACAUUUGUUUGGCAAGCGAACACACGGGAAAUUACUUUGAUAUGCCUUUUUACUAUAUGUUAUAAUAGUCGACAUUAACUUAUUUCGGCGAUAAAUAUUAGUUUUGGAAUUCGAGUGUUCGACAAUAUAUCUGGAGUGCUUUGUAUGAAAAUGCUUCAAUGUAGAUACAAAAAUCUUUCGUUGGUAUGUGUUUUUUCGUUUAAUGUACUGAAUUUGUUAGUUUUUACAUGAAUGUUAAAUUAUUUGUAGAUAUAUACAAUUGUUACGUUUCUUAUGUAAAAUAAAUUUUAUCAAAAUAG